AUGAUUUUAACUUACUGUAUUUAUACAAAUGUGUAUAGUGUUUCCAUGGCAACCUAUUUAAAAGGGAGUUACUUUCUCCAGGGUUUUGUCUGGACUGCCGUCAACAAUGGCGAAAGAUAGAGAAGAUCGUAAGAAGGAGAAGCGAGAGAAAAAGGAGAAGAAAGAGAAAAAGGAGAGAAAGCGCCGCGAGGCUGAAGAACUCGCGGUGAGGGAGAAGAAGAUCUCUAAGAAGCACAAAUCCAAAUCCAAAGCGGCCGAGAAACCCGAGAAGAAACCAAAGAAGAAGUCCAAGAAACUCCAAGUCGUCGAAGAGAAACCACUCAAGAAGUCGAAGAAACACAAGAAACCAACUGAAUCCGAAUCCGAAUCCGAAUCCGAAGAGACUGUAACCGUCCCUCCCGAUGAUUCUCAUCCAAUUAAGAUCCCUACCAACGAGUCCGAUUCUGACUCCGAGUUCGACAAGGAAGACCUCAAGCACCUCCUCGAAACCUACACCAAGGAAGAGCUCGUCAACCUCAUCCACAAAACCGCCGAAAAGGGCUCCCGCCUCAUCUCCGCCGUCCUCGAGUCCGCGGAGCUAGACAGCUCCAAGCGGAACAUCUUCGUCCGCGGCCUCGGGUGGGACACGACGCACGAGACUCUCAAGGCGGCCUUCGAGGUCUACGGGGAGAUCGAGGAGUGCUCCGUCGUGAUGGACAAGGACACGGGGAGAGCCAAAGGCUACGGCUUCGUCAUGUUCAAGACGCGUAAAGGGUGCAGGGAGGCGCUGAGGAAUCCCGAGAAGAGGAUGUUUAACCGAACCGUGAGCUGUAACUUAGCCGCGGCUAAACCGGCUGGCGCUGGGAAGGCGAGGGAGCCGGUUGAGUCGGUUAAGAUUGAUUUGACUCAGAGUGAGGUGGUUUUGCCAGGGCCUCCGCCGGGUUUGGAUUUGGGUUAUGGUCUCGAUAAGGGACACAAGAAUGUGCCGCAGAUGUAUGGGGGACAGAACAUGCCCUUUUACGGACAUGGUCACGCUCCUCCUGGUUUUAAUCCAAUGUAUUUCAUGGGUAAUCAGAUGGGUCCGGGUGUACCGAACUUUCCUAUGUUUGGGCCUGGUAUGAUGAACCAUGGGCCGCUGAACCAUAUGGGGAUGGCGGGGCAGUAUGGUGGUGAGGGUAAUGGUGUUGGUCCUGGUUUUGAUGGUGAACGUGCUUGGUAUCUCAGAUAAAGAUAUUUAAUGCUGUCUUCUUGUUUGAUUAGAUUUUUAAUGACUAGUCUGGUUGCUGCCUUUCUGUAGGAAGAUAGUUUGCGAAUUGCCGGAGUUGUUUUGCGUUUCUUUAUCUUCUACAUUAUGGUUUUGAAGU